AUGGCCGUGACCAUUGAGACUGUUGAUGAGGACGACCAUGCGUUGCAAGGAACGGACGACGAUGUUGAUGAUGAUCGAGCUCCAGUUGAGAGCGAGAAUGCCGCUGGCGACGAGAGCGCUACGUCGGAUAUCAACAAUCACGAAAAGAGCUACCAUGUCCCGAGUCUCGAGUCUCAACGAAGGUCUCGCUCCCGACGGAGGUCGGACAUAUACGCUAAGUCUUCGGCGGAGGCAGAGGCGGGCGACGAGCUUUGGGAGUCGUACUUGGAUGCCGCAGCCGUCGAGGACCAGGCUCUCGUAGCAAGGUUGAAGCAGUCUUCAACAAGUACCCUCAGAUACUCUGCCCUAUUUUCGCUGGUUGCGGGGAUAUUCACAACAUACAGCAUAAACACACUCUCCACACUCUCGCCACCUCCCGCUGCGAAUCCGGGUGAUCAAACUGUUGCUUUGCUUGCGCAGUGGGCGUCCUCCAAGCUCAAGAACGGCAAUAGUACUAUCGUGACAACUGAAUCUGGCAAUACAACUGUGGCGGACCUCAUGACCGGAGCUUCGUCGACGACGUUCACUCCACCGAAAGCAAUCGUCGUCGCUUCUACUCUGUGGUCAUUGAGCCUUGUCCUUGCCGUUAUGUCUGCCAUAAGCUCCGGUAUGAUGGCGCAAUGGGCAUCGAACUUCGAAUACGCCUUGAAACUUCGCCCCUGGGAUCGCACGACUAUCGAGAGGCACGCACUGAGACAUAUCGAAGUGCGCGUCAGCGCCGAGCGCUACGGGUUGGACAUAUUACCAGAUAUCUUCAGAACUAUGCUUCACAUAGCCGUCGUGCUCUUCCUCAUCGGUUUGGCCAUGUGGCCAGUACCCGACGAACAUGUCCAUACUGGGAUAGCCAUAGCUGCCGCAAGCCUUAUAGGGCUCGGAUACAUCUUCUUUGGUGCUUUGAAACUACAGAUCCUCGGUGCUCUGAAGUUACAGCGCGAGAUACGCCGACGCAUAUUGCGGGGCGAUGUCAUGCAGUCGCCCGGUGAUCACGAAACGGGAUUGACAUCGCCGCAGGAGCAGUACCAUGACAAGUCGCCAACCGGCUCCAACUCUGUGUCCGGCGCGCAUGGAUCUUCACUCCCUGUGAAUAUUGAGAUGUCAGAAUUGAGGCAGAGGGGACCCCACACGCAGGCGGUCGCCGAGGCACCUCCAACUGAAGAUGCCCAUGGUAUCACUACGGAGGACAGACGCGAGUCUCAACAUGGUAGUACCGGCGUGAUCCCCGAGAUCCUCCUCGACCACGCUACUCCAAUUGACGCACCUGACCCAGCGUGCUUGACGGAGAAUCCGUCUGGUCUGGCCCGGUCGAACAGAGAGAGAGCGUACCAACUGCCGUGGUCGUUGAAGUUGCUGAUGUUUUUCCUGAACAAAGAGCAGAAGCAGGUCAUAGACCGAGAGAUAGAUGAAGCUCUCUACGGGCGAGACGGCAUAGGUCCCGAAUCUACCACACUUCCUCCGUUCGCGCGAUCGCACUCGACGCAGUAUCAACGGGAAACGAAGCCAAAAGCAGGACGAAAGACCAAGCAAGGCGCGUCGGUGGGGACGUUGGACGAAGAGCGAGGACGGACGGAGAAGGGACAGAAGCCUGGAGUGCCAGUGCCGUGGUGGCACGAUGCUGUAGCGGCGUUCGCAUCGAUGGAGGAGAGCGACGAAGUCGAAAAGGGCAUGCAAACGUCCGAGGGAUUCCGCGUGCAGUCGGACGCCGUCAUUGAACCUAGCGCUUCCGUGCCGCCGUCCAUCCUCGUCAACAAAGGCUCUCGAGCUGGCGGUGACCCUGGCCCUUCGACGCAGGCAUCAAGGAUGGUGAGGUUCGAGGACUCGUGGGCAAAUGCAACGCACGGGGAGGAAUAUGAGGAAUCGGACCGUGAGGAGGAGUACCACCAUGCAGAUCGGAAAGGCAAAGGCAAAGCGCCUCAACGUUGA